GCGCGAGAGGGCGGGCGAGUUCUGCCGGAAGUCCGCUCUAGUCCUGGGUCCACUAACUGCUGCGAGAGCCGGAGCUGCCCAGGAGCCGCGGGACCCGGGCCGCUGGGGUCCGGACGGGGGUCGCCAUGAUCCGCUUCAUCCUCAUCCAGAACCGGGCAGGCAAGACGCGCCUGGCCAAGUGGUACAUGCAGUUCGAUGACGACGAGAAACAGAAGCUGAUCGAGGAGGUGCACGCCGUGGUCACUGUCCGAGAUGCCAAACACACCAACUUUGUGGAGUUCCGGAACUUCAAGAUCAUUUACCGACGCUACGCCGGCCUCUACUUCUGCAUCUGCGUGGACGUCAACGACAACAACUUGGCCUACCUGGAGGCCAUCCACAACUUCGUGGAGGUCUUAAACGAGUACUUCCACAAUGUCUGUGAGCUGGACCUGGUGUUCAAUUUCUACAAGGUUUACACAGUCGUGGACGAGAUGUUCCUGGCUGGCGAGAUCCGCGAGACCAGCCAGACGAAGGUGCUGAAACAGUUGCUGAUGCUCCAGUCCCUGGAGUGAGGGCGGCCAGCCCCUCCGGCCCGGCCCCCGCUCCUGCUUGCCCCCUUCUCCGGGCCGAGGCCGCCCAGCGCCUGCCCUCCCCAGUCCAGGAGGAAGGCCCCAGCUGGGCCUGGGCCACUGGGGAGGGGACUGCACCCCACUGCCUCUGGGCCUGGCUGCGGGCGGAGGCCACCUCGUGUGAACCGAGUAACCGUGCCGUUGUCGUGUGACGCUGUGAGUGCGUGUGUGGAGCCCCCAAUAAACCCGUGGUCCCGCCCGG